AUGCAGUCUGUGCCAAUCAUCCUGUACGCCAUAGCAAUUUCUGUGUGCCCCUGCUCGGAGUCAGAGAAAGGCUGCAGUCUAUCUAGACUGAGUAUUGAUGGUUAUGUCAGGCAUCCCGGAGACCUUAUAAUAGGAGCAACCUUUCUUAUUCAUGUCAACAGAAUCCAGGACAAGCCCCUAUUCACCAGCAAACCCACGGAGCUGCAGUGCCAAACAUUUGGACUUGAUUACUACCAGAGCAUGCGUGCCUUAAUAUUUGCUGUGGAGGAGAUCAAUGCGAAUCCUACAUUUCUACCCAACAUUACGUUGGGUUUCCAGAUAUUUGACACCUGCACAGCUCUAAGGCGAGCAGCACAAGGCACACUCUGGAUGUUGUCAGGAGGACAAGAGAUCACCCCCAACUAUAUUUGUGUUCCGGAGUCUCGUCUGGCUGGGAUCAUUGGGGAUUCUGCUUCUGUUCGGGCCAUUAUUAUGGCUCAGAUCCUAGGACUGUCCCGCUAUCCACAAAUAAGUUAUUUGGCAACCAGCCCCAUCUUAAGCAACCGGGAUCUGUUUCCUUCCUUCUUCCGUACCAUCCCUAGUGACGAGUUUCAGGCAAUAGGCCUAGCCAAGUUGGUGUCUCACUUUGGUUGGACUUGGGUUGGCCUUCUGGCAGUUGACACUGACUAUGGCCAAUUUGGAAUUCAACUGGUAAAACAGGAAAUAGUGAAAGCCGGGGCUUGUGUGGCAUUUUCUGAAGAUAUUGUGACUGGCAAAUCCAACAGAAAUGCUCCGCACAUUGCCCAGGUCAUCAAAGAGUCAACAGCAAAGGUGGUGAUAGUAAUAUCUGCUGAUUAUGACUUAAUGAUUGUGCUGGAAGAACUUUUGAAACAAAACAUAACUGGAAGAAUCUGGAUAGCCAGCGAAGCUUGGGCAACCUCUUCUCUGCUCUCAGAUAAAAGGUUACAAUCUAUCAUGAGGGGUACUAUUGGUUUUGCCAUCCAUGGUGGGAAGAUUUCUGGCUUUCCAGAAUAUUUUAAAAGCCUCUCUCCAUCUGCCCAUCUCUAUGAUGCAUUCAUAAGGGAAUUCUGGGAACAAGCUUUCUCUUGUAAAUGGCUUAAUCAGGAUAAUACCACAUUUCAAGGGUGUACAGGAUAUGAAAAAAUGGAAAGUUUAAAGAUGAAAAUAGAUAUUCGAAUUACUCUUAAUGUCUAUUCUGCAGUUUAUGCAUUUGCUUGGGCUCUCAAAAAUCUGUAUGACUGUAAACCUGGAAGUGGACCAUUCAAGAAUGGGUACUGCUCCAACAUCUCAUCGUUUCGUCCUUGGCAUCUUCUCCACUAUAUGAGAAAUGUUCAUUUUGAGACUAAAGACAAGACCAUGAUUUAUUUUGAUGCUAAAGGAAACCCCCCAGCAAUUUAUGACAUUGUAAACUGGUGGGUGAAUGCAAUGGGUGCAAUGGAGCAGGUUGUAGUUGGGAGUUACAGCUCAGUUUCUGGAGGUGAGAAGACGUUGACAUUGAACAAUUCUGCAAUAAACUGGAUAUAUAGGGAAACUCAGGUUCCUCUGUCUAAGUGCAGUCAAAGCUGUCCAGUAGGAUUUAUGAAGGUGGCAUUGCCAGGGAAGCCAUCCUGUUGUUUUGACUGUGUUCGCUGUCAUCAAGGAGAAAUUUCAAAUCAAACUGAUGCUGUGGUGUGCACUCAAUGUUCAAAAGAAACAUGGCCCAACCUUCAACAAGACCAAUGCAUUCCUAGAUCCAUAGACUUUCUUUCCUAUGAAGAUCUCCUGGGUUUAAGCAUUGCAACACUGUCAAUCUCUUCCUCGGCUGUCCCACUUGGUAUUCUGAGCAUUUUCAUCAUUUACAAAAGCACCCCCAUUGUUCGAGCCAACAAUCAUUUCCUUAGUUGCCUUCUCCUAGUCUCCCUGUCCCUCUGUUUCCUUUGCUCUUUAGGUUUCAUUGGUUACCCACAACCUCAAAAGUGCCUUCUGCGUCAGGUGGCCUUUGGGAUGGUUUUUGCUCUCUGCAUCUCCUGUGUUCUGGCCAAAACCAUCACUGUUGUAAUAGCAUUUACCGCAACAAAGCCUGGUAGUAAAUUAAGAAAGUGGACUGGGGGUAAGGUUUCAAAAAGUGUCAUCGUGUUCUGCAUCGGUAUUCAGUUCUGUAUUUGUGUAAUGUGGCUUUCCUUCUCACCCCCCUUUCCUGAACAUGACACCAAAACUCAACCUGGAGUCAUCAUUUAUAGUUGUAAUGAGGGUUCACCCUACACUUUCUGGAUCAUGCUGGGAUAUCUUGGCCUCUUGGCCACCAUCAGUUUCAUUGUCGCCUUCCUGGCAAGACGACUACCUGACAGUUUCAAUGAAGCCAAAUUUAUUACAUUUAGCAUGCUGGCCUUUCUAAGUGUCUGGGUGUCCUUUAUCCCAUCCUACUUAAGUGCACAUGGUAAGUAUACUGUAGCAAUGGAGGUCUUUGCUAUUUUGUCUUCCAGUUGGGCUGUGGUGGGCUGUAUCUUUGUGCCAAAAUGUUACAUUAUAUUGUUCAAACCCAACAUGAACUCAAGAGAAAAUCUAAUGGGGAAAGGAAAAGGUCAAAGGUAG